CUUUAAAAUACAUCCACGUUUACUAAUCAGCAACAGUAGAUUAUCUGGUUAAUAUUAAAGUCGCAUUUAAAAAAGUUCUAAGGAAUUUAUUUUUUCAGUCCCACCGUAAAAUAGGGAUAAUCAACUGCUACUAUCAAAGCAAUAAAAAAAUUACAAUUUCUGAAAUUUCGGAAAACUAAAAAAAAAUUACGCUUCGAUAAGUAACAGACCAUUUUACUCCAAACUUGGGCUAAAAAGUGUUGUUCGGAGUAUAAUGGGCGGAGGCAAAUUGGAUUACGACUACGUGUUCAAAGUUCUGCUGGUGGGUGACUCAAUGGUGGGCAAAUCCUCCCUCGUGCUGCGAUAUGCGAAAGACGAGUUCAAAUUAGACUUCAUCACCACUAUCGGAGUCGAUUUCCUUACCAAGUUCGAAGACUUUGACGGCACAAAAGUAGUGAUGCAAAUUUGGGACACAGCUGGUCAGUCUCGGUUCAGAAGUAUUACCAGCAGCUACUACAGGGGAGCACACGCAGUAGCAGUCGUGUUCGACCUCACAAGUCGCAAAAGCUUUUCCAGCGUUCCCUCCUGGAUCAAUGACGUCAGAGGAAUGGCCAAGACCGACAUCCCAGUGCUGCUCAUAGGCAACAAGAGUGACCUUGAGGUGAUGCGGGAGGUGACCACAGUCGAAGCACAGACGCUCGCAGACCACCAUAACUUCAAGGCUCUUUUUCAUUUUCUCCUCUUUUCCGCAAAAUUUGACCACAACUUGAUUUAUGCAGUUUAAAUGCAAAUUGACAUA